UGACGCAGCGAGUUUCUGUCGUGACUUUUCCGGGGGCCUUGGGGCGUCUCCGCUUUUUCCCUUUAAAGUAAAACGUUCCCCCGACGCGCCCCCGCGCGUUCCGGGCCGGGAGGCGGCGGCGGGAGGCGGCGCUGACGCGGCCGCGCGCGGUCACGUGGGUGUGUUGUGGGGGGGAGGGCCCGCGCGGUCGGUUCCGGGCGGUUGAGCGAGCUAGGGACGAGCCAGCGAGAGGCAGCCGCGCCCGCCGCCGCGCUCUGUAUGCCGCGUUCCCCCGGCGCACCCGCCGCCGAGAGUCCGAGCCGGAGGAGCCGCCGCCGCCGCGGUUGAUGCGGUUGGGCCGGGGCUGAGUAGGCCGCCAAGAUGCCGCAGUCCAAGUCCCGGAAGAUCGCCAUCCUGGGCUACCGGUCUGUGGGGAAGUCCUCAUUGACAAUUCAGUUUGUUGAAGGCCAAUUUGUUGACUCCUACGAUCCAACCAUAGAAAACACUUUCACAAAGUUAAUCACAGUAAAUGGACAAGAGUAUCAUCUCCAGCUUGUAGACACAGCGGGGCAGGAUGAAUAUUCCAUUUUUCCUCAGACAUACUCCAUAGAUAUUAAUGGUUAUAUUCUUGUGUAUUCUGUUACAUCAAUCAAAAGUUUUGAAGUAAUUAAAGUUAUCCACGGCAAGUUGCUGGAUAUGGUGGGGAAAGUGCAGAUACCCAUUAUGUUGGUUGGAAAUAAGAAGGACCUGCAUAUGGAAAGGGUGAUCAGUUAUGAAGAAGGGAAAGCUUUGGCAGAAUCUUGGAAUGCAGCUUUUUUGGAAUCUUCUGCAAAAGAAAAUCAGACUGCUGUUGAUGUUUUUAAAAGGAUAAUUUUGGAAGCAGAAAAGAUUGAUGGGGCAGCUUCACAAGGAAAGUCUUCAUGCUCAGUGAUGUGACGAUUCUGCUACAGAACCCGAGGACACUGGGAAUUUAUUCCACCUGAAGAAGCAAACUGCCCGUCAUCCUUGAAGAUAAAACUGUGCUUCUGUUUUCUUCUGUUAACCUGAAAGAUGUCAUUUGGGUCAGAGGUCCUCCCCUUUCAGAUUAUGUUAACGUCUGACUCUGUCCAAAUGAGUUCACUUCCAUUUUCAAAUUUUAAACAAUCAUAUUUUCAAUUUAUAUAUUGUAUUUCUUAAUAUUAUGACCAAGAAUUUUAUCGGCAUUAAUUUUUCAGUGUAGUUUGUUGUUUAAAAUAAUGUAAUCAUCAAAAUGAUAGACAUGUUACACUACUAUUAACUAGGCUUCAAUAUAUCAGUGUUUAUUUCAUUGUGUUAAAUGUAUACUUGUAAAUAAAAUAGCUGCAAACCUUAA